UCUCAGCAUCCCACCCCCAUCAGAAGGCUGGGAGCUGACCCAAGCUGACCAGAGGGGUAUUUCACACCAUAUGAUGUCAGCUCAGAUAUAAAAGCUAAGAAAAGGAGGAGGAGGAAGCAGGGGCAUUAAUGUUUGCCUUCUGGAGCAACUGCUACAUGUGCUGAAGCCCUGCUUGCCAGGAGGUGGCCAGACAUCUCUUGCUGUAGAAGAAAGAAGAAGAGAAGUAGAAGAAUAAGGGUAUUUUAUUUUACUCUUUGUGCACUCACAAGCUUUCCCUUUUGCUUUAGUAAACUGGCUUAUCUCAACCCGUGAAUGCUCUUCCAUCUUACUUUCUGUCCCCUGUGCAGCUGGGAAGGGGGAGUGAUGGAGUGGCUUGGUGGGCAGCUGGCAUCCAGCCAAGGUCAGCCCACCACAUCUGGUGAUAAAUGUGUUGUCAAGGGUGACUCCUAAGUGUUUCCUCAUUUUGGUUGUUUUGAAACUUAAAGUUCAUAUUUUCAGUGAUGGAAGUUUAGAGGAGACAGGGAAUAUAAAUGUCCAUAUUUGCUUCUGUUUAAUAAUCCUUUAGUAAUUGCUUUGUGCAUGAGUGUGUCCUGAGGCAAGGAAAAACUAGUUAGUUACUCCUCAGUUUCUCCACUUAUCUUUCCUCCUCAUUCAUUCCAUUGUUUUCAUGGAUUUUAAGUCUGCCUGUUGGUGUGAGGGUGCAGGAAAAAUAAACAGAAGAAUUCACUUCAAAAGCAGACACGUGGGAUAGCAAGUCUGUUUCUUAGCAUUUACAGCUUUGUUUACAUGUCCAAGCAAUGGAUAAAGUUUCUCUUUCUUACCCCAGCAUACAGGCAUGUACACAGAACAGUUCUUGGAACCCAGCUAUGGGGAGAGGACCUUGACAGGAGUUUCAGUUGUACUCUAGUUCUGCUCAAGAUUCUUUUAGUCCAAUAUUUUAAAUUUACUGAUUGUUCCUGAUCAGUCAGAAAGCAGAGGAAAAGAGAAGUGCCAUUGCUGCUGUGUACCUUGAUGCUGGAAGAAUUGUACAAACUGGAGACAACAGUUCAGACUGUUCUGAAAGCCUUUAAAAUUGUAUAUUGUGCCUUUUAAAAGUUAGCUUCUGGGUCUAAAGCUCCUUGUAUGUGGAAUUGCUGGAGGUGCAUUUUUGGUUCAUCAGCACUAUUCUUAGGGAAUUAAUUUAUUAUUAUUAUUUUGAAAAAAAAGUGUGCUUUAAUAACCAGCUGUUAAGGAGAUAUCAGAAAUUCAAUGUUACUAAACUCUUCUAGAAGUCUGUGAUUGCUUGAGUAAGGCAUAGAAGCUACUUAUGUUAGAAACCAGAGUAAAAGAGCCAGGACCAGCCCUGUCCUCUAGGGAUUCUCAUGGGUAAGUGCACCUUUAUCAGCCCUGCAAGGGGUGACACAACUCUAGUCCUGCCUGGAGCUCUGAAGGCCCAGGCUCAAGCACACUGGAGAGCUGACUCCAGCAGGGAGCAGAGUUCCUCAAAUAAAUAUUCCGUAAAGAUUGGUUUGGAGAUACUUGAAAAUACCUGUUUGCUUCCAUGGCGAGUGCUGCAUAGAGUUUAAAUUUAGUUUGCAUUGGAAUGAGGUCUGUGGCUGUUUGACAACAGGAUGGAAUAAUAUUUUGCAAGUAAGCAAAACAGGGAUCCCUUUGCCCGUGGUAAAAAGGAUCUUGGCAUCAUAAAUUCAUCCACUGACAAUCAACUGGGGUGUGUAUGCAAAUUUAAGUAAGGUAUUAGGAGCUUGGGCUAAUACAGCAUAACCAGGAGACUGUAUUUUUAUUCCCACAAGUAAUUAAAAUUUUUUUGUUCAAAUGUUGUUCUUAGAUACUCAGCAUAAGAUCUGGAAACACCAUUGUCUCAACAAUCUUGCAUACAAAAUUACAAAGAAAAAUUCCCAUACAUCUCUGUAGAGCAGUAAGGGAAGAAUGUGAGAAAGCAAAUGGUUAAGAAUGAUCAACUUCAGGUCAAGAUGUGGAGGAAAAAAAUCUUUCAACUCUCACAUCUUAAGGCGAGUUUCAAUUUGCAGACAGUAACAAUUCUGUGAAGUACAAUCAAAGCAAAGAUAUCUGUGCUUAAAACAGGUUUCUCAAACACAGUGAAACCCAACAAUGAAGUUGUGCUGUUGCCAUUUCGAUUUUUGGAUUUUAUGCUGCUCGAGUCUAGUGGUCAAAUUACUCCAGCUUGUUCCUUUACCACAUAUUUAGGAAAAUUAGUAAAUAAGGUGAAGAAUUAGAUAGCCCAAGAGAACAAGUAUGUUCUUACUCCAGCUGAGGACUAAGAAGUGGAAGCUAAGCAUCCUAGAUUUGCCAGAAUUGUGGUAAGAAGAGGAAAGAAGUUCUGCAGCCUCAGAUCAUAAAGGGACAGAGAGAGCAUUGAACCAGAGGAACUUUCCAUUGGUUGAGUAACUGGAUAACUGAUACUGGUCACACACCUCAUAAACUUUUGUCUUGUGAAACAGUUCACAGUCUCUUAUGAAGGUAAAAGUAUUGCAUGGGAAGUCCUAACUAAAACUAUCAAUGGGUAACUCUUUAGUUAAACAAACAGUAUCUUAUCCCCUUAAUACUCUUAUUUUUUUUUCUAUUGCUAUUUAAUUGAAAAAUGCUUAAUCCUUAAAUUUUACAAGAACUUCUGGAGACUUUCUCAUUUCUGAAACUGAUUGUGCUAAAUGCAGAAUAAAUAAUUCUUUGAGCCGUCUUUUCUUCAUUUUGAAAGAACCCAUAACAGCACCCAUAUUUAAUAAAUCACCAGACUAGAAUGCUCCACUCUUCAUCCAUCAGGCUAUAAGCAAUAGAGUGAUUUACUCCCCAUCCAUAAAUCCAGCAUUAGAAGACUUUCAGCAUGCUGCCUGUUAUUCAGUAGCAUCUCAGUGAGAUGGAGCUGUUACAUAAAACCUUUACAGAGUGAGAUUUGCAGAUGGAUUUCUGUAGUUUGGUUAAUGAACUUUCCAUCUGUAUCACCCCUGUAAGUUUUUACUUUCCAGCUGAGCAGGAGAUGCAGUCACUUAAUGAAACCCCAGGGUCUAUAUAGCACAGAAAGACAAUUUAAUUUAUAUGAUGUUUCUCAGUAAAAAAGCAUAGUUAAUUCUGAUUCCCAGAAACCAAAAUUAUAAGUGCAAACAAAAAAAAGUAAUUUACUCCUUUAGUCAUAAUCAAGAUUGGCUUUUUGCUGAUUGAGGACGAGAGAAUAAUCUUGCUCAAUGAGAAAGAGAAGGAGCAUUGUUUUAAAGUGCAUUUUACAAUAGUUGGUCUUUUUAGAACAUUUUAAUUCAUAUUUGUAAUGAUCAUCAUAAGGUCUCCUUGGGUGCUUUUGUUGACCCAAGGGCAGCCCUUACAACCCUCACAUACUUCAUGAUGGUUUUACUAACAAGAAUAACUUUGACCAGAAGCUGAGAGUGGGAGCAAGACUGCACAAAAAAGGUGAGUCAGGGAAGGAGAAAGCAGCUGUUCUUCCUAAACUGAAUUUAGCUCAUUUACUGUAGGUGCAGGGGUAACUCAUUGGAAAUAUGAGUGAUAAUAAAGAAAAUCAAAUCUUUGUUCAAGGGAAUUUAUUGAAAAAUAGCAUGGCUGAAGUGUUUGACUACUAAUGGGCAUUGGAUGAUAUGGAUAGCUAUAAUUUGUGACAGGAAUGCUUACAAAACUGGUAAAUGGUGAAGGUAAAAGCAUGAUGCAGGGAGGAAGCUGUGGAACCAGAGGAACUUGCAGGUAAGGGAACCUCUUAUGAUCAGGGCAAGGAAACAGGUGCAGGUUGCAUGGAGGGGAAACCACCACUGCACCACAGGAUGAAGAAGCCACGUCAAGCAAGAAGCAAUUAUGUGACUUGAUCUUAAAAUCAGCGAGACAGGAGAUAAAAAAGGUGUAAGAGUGACACAGAAAACAGCAAGAGGUCAGAGGGAGAAAAUAAUGAAGAAAAAAGCUCUCUCAGGGUGGAUGGAAGAGCCCAGCUAGUGGACAAUACAGGGCUUUAUGUGUUCUUUCAUUAUAUAUGUGCUUAUGCUUAUAUGUGCUUAUGUACUGAUCAGAUUGCUCUAGGGCUCCCUGUCACCAUUCACAGGGAGACUUCCAUACAUUCCUGGUUUUGUUCUGGAGAGAAUUUAUCUUCUGUUCUAUAGGUACAUUUGACCUAUCCCUUGGUUCCAGUUUAUUUACAUUUUUUUCCUGAUAAUGCUUUAUUAACGACACUGUUACUAAAGACAGCAGUGAUGAUUAAGGAUACACGAGAGCACUGCAGCACACCAAAGAGGGAGAAGAGAUGAGAAUGGGGAUAUAGAAUGACUGUGUCUCCUAUUUUUCGAUGGGUGGCAGUGUUAGCACAGAAAUUAAUUUUUCACUGCUUAAAACCUGGCAGUGAGAUCCACAGGCGGUUUGCUUAGAUGUCAUUCUGAUUUUCUUAGUGGAAGAAUUUCAGAUUACACUAUCUCCAAAGUAUGUAUUCCCUACAUGAGUGUGGAAAGCUCGAUCUGUCUUUCCCACCCAAGCAGCAAAAUCCUGAGCUUCAGAUGCAAUUAUGCACCACUAGGAAAAUUACAAAACUGUGCAUGAAAGUAUGUUGAACCAUGAUUGAUUUAGAAUAAUACUUAGACAAAAUACUGUGUAAUGUCCUUAAACUUGCAUUAGGCUUGGGAGAUGGUAUAAUUUGGAAUUGGACUGUGAUUUCUGACAGAAUUUACUACUGAAAGCAAAAAGUUGUUAAUAUAUCACAGCAGGGUACAUCAAAGCAAACAGGCUGAUUUCAUUGCUGCUUUAGUGUCACUGCUUUAUGUCUGAGGUGCAUUUAGCCCCCUAGACCUGAGACAGGACCGUGCUGCAGGGCAGUGGAGGAGAGGGACAGGAGACCUGUGCCAGGCAGGCUCAGGAAUCUGCUCCAGGUUUCCCCCCAGGGUUUGGUUGUGUUUUGGCUCUUUUUUUUUUUUUUUUUCUCUGUUAAAUUUAAACUUGCUGCUCAUGCCUCAGCUGGUUUAACCUUUAGCUGACCUAGUUACUGAACCCGGGCAGCUGGUGGCAUCUGAGGAAGUCAGUGUUUCUCCUUUGUUGCUCGCCUUUUACCGAGCAGACACGCAGACACGGGUGGGAAGCUGAGCAGCACAGAGGGGAGCCUGCCCUGGUCCCGUACACACCAGGACCCUGGAAGCAGAGAAGGGAGGGUGAGCUAGUGCAGUGCAGGUGCUGAUGGUCCUGCUGCCUUCUGGCUGGGAGCCUCUUCUUCCUUGAUUCACGUGCUGCAGGGAGGGAGCGGCACAGAGAUGUUCAGCAACGGGAAAAUUCCUGUGCAGCCCUACAUCACAGCUUCAAGGAGCAUGGACAGAUGUGUAUUCCAGAGGUAAGUGUUCCAGUACUGCAGCGCUGCCAUGGCACUGCCUGUGGAGCUGGAGUCAGCACUGGCAGGGUGGUGCUGGCACUGGGGUGGUGCUGGCACUGGGGUGGUGCUGGCACUGGGGUGGUGCAGUGAAGGGGGCACAGGGCCCCAGGAGGGAGCAGUGGGCAGCAAAUGCCGUAUGGAAACUCCUGAACAAACCAGCGAGGCUGAGUUUUGUGGUGAAGGCUGUAAUUAAAGCUAUUCAUAGGAGGAGAAGUAUAAACAAAAGGUAACUUGCUAAUUUAAAUGACCCAGUUCUACGUGUUGACCCUGAAGACACUAAGGAGUUUGGGUCUGCCUUGACUUGGUGGCUGACAGCAGUGCUUUGCUGGUGUUAUGUGUGACCUGCACCUCAGUGCAGUCGUGUUUUGUAACAGGUUCUGGCUGCACGUUCCUGCUCUGAAGUAUAGUCCCUCUUGUGUAGGUGUACAGUUCCUCCUGAGUGCUGGGAUUUUUUUUGGCACAGUUUGAACAGCACAGCUUCCCAAGGUAUCUGACCUUGCCCAAGCACUGCUCUGUGCUGGUCCACUUUGUGUACCCUGCUGUACAACUGAGUUGUCAUACACAUCACUGAGGAACUCUCUCCAGCAGUCUGUACAGGCUGUAAGGUGCUCCUUCAGUUAUUUAGGAAUCUUUCCCAACCCCAGCUCGGGUUCUGUCUCACUGUGGCUCUCUCCAGCGUUUGGUAUUACAAGGAACAACACUUGCCCUUGGGAAUUUGAACAAAAUCAAUCCUGAUACUUUAAGGGCUGUGUAUGUUUGCCAAAGACCUACACAUGAGCACCUAAACCCUGUCUUUUUCUACUCGUGCAGCCAGUCCUGUUUUCUAACUGGCAUAAAAUUGUUUUUAAUCCCACUGGCUAUGGGUGUACAAUGGAACCAAGGCACACUGCUUUGUUGUGUUGGCAGAUGUCUCAUUUUUCUAAGGAGAGAAUUUGUGGCUCCUGGAAAAUACAGGUCUUUCAGCAGACUGAGGCUGAGCUUGCUGACACUCUGUUUGUGUCCAUAUUCUGCUUGUUGCCAGAUGGGGACAGAAAAGAAAUACAAGCAAAGCUGUUCAGCACAGACAAGGACUCACUGUGCCCUCUCCUUUCCACUGGACAAACUCUGGAAAGGCUAUGAGAGGUAGUAAGCUAGUAUUAAAAUGCACCAAGAACUAAAGCCAGCCAUUGAAAUGAACAAGAAUGUACCUCUGUGUUGCAGAAAAUAUGGGAAGGAAAAAAAAAAAAAAGAAAAAUACUAUUUAGUUAAUGUUGCAAUAGUAGAGAAGAGUGCAAGACAGAGAAAGGUAAAAUCCCUGUUGAAUAAAUCAACUAAAUUUAUGAGCAUUGUUUGUGCUUCAUUUAUGGUGUUCAACUUUUUAACCAAUAAGUUUAGCUGAAGGAAAUAUUUGUGCAAAAGUGCAUAUUGAAGAAAAGGAAUGGAAAAUAAAUUUUAAAAACGUCGGUGGUUAUGUAUGCUCUAAGGAAGCUACUGCAAUGUGGUGCCAGAGUAAAACAGCAACUAAUCAGUGCCUCUUAAGCUGCAAAUAUGAAAUCUUCACAGCAAAUUGUUUUUCCUGGAGAUUUGCACUUCAGUAAUUAUGCGGUGAAAUUUAGCAAAAGCUUUCACUAUCAGAUAAACUCAAGCCACAUUUGCAGACAGAAGUAUGCACAAGUCAAGUUUUUAUCUUUUCAGAAAGAUGUAAUGAGGUGUAAACAUCUACAAAAUAUGUUUGACUUCCAAAUCCUUUGAGCUACAGCUCUGCAAAGUCAAAGGCAAUCAGCUACCUGGUGCAGAGGGCACCUAACACCACGUAAUCCCUGCAUCUCAGCUCAGAUCCAACCAGAGCUGGAUUCCUAUCCAGGUACAGAUAAGGUGAUUCUUGGUUAAUGCACAUUUAUGAUUAGAAUUUGACCAUUUAGAAAUGCAAUUAUAGCUGCUGACAGUGGGGAAAAAGCAAGAGGAGGGGAGCUAAAAAUAUCAGCAUAAUCAAACCACAGCCUGGAGCGACUGGAUAAGAGAGCAUGAUGAGGGCUUUCCUGGAGAUGUGCUUUGGUGCUGCCAGAUUACAGGUAAAAAUUGUAAAACUAUUGCAAUUCUUGAAACUUCAUUGCUCCCCUGAGACCAUUACCUUCUGCCCCAGAUAGCUCCUGAGCUAUCUUCCUGCAAUUCAUAUUGAUUUGAGGUUUUUUUGUUGGUCUAGGAGGAAGAACAAGGCUUGUCCACGCAGCCUGCAACUGAUGCUGUCUGUCCUUUUGCUGCUGAGAUAAACUGCUGGUCUUUACUGUAGCCACUAAAGAGACCGACGGCUUUCACCGCUUCAUGCGAACUGCAAAGCACUUCAACUACACAGUGGAGGUUCUUGGAAAAGGUGAAGAGUGGAAAGGGGGAGAGCUGCCCAACUCUAUUGGUGGAGGGCAGAAGGUUCGACUGCUGAAAGAAGGCAUAGAGCGCUAUGCUGCUCAGGAGGACCUGGUUGUGUUGUUUGUUGAGUGCUAUGAUGUUAUCUUUGCAGGGGGCCCUGAAGAGCUCCUAAAGAAAUUUCAGGAAACUAAUCAUAAAGUGGUGUUUGCAGCAGAUGGACUAAUUUGGCCAGACAAAAGGCUAGCUGACAAGUAUCCUGUUGUCCGGAGUGGGAAACGAUUCCUGAACUCAGGAGGAUUUAUUGGUUAUGCUCCAUCUAUAAAUCGUAUCGUGCAGCAAUGGAAUCUGCAGGAUAAUGAUGAUGACCAGCUGUUCUACACCAAAAUCUAUGUUGACCCACUGGCAAGGGAACGCAUUAACAUCACUUUGGACCACAAGUGUACAAUUUUCCAGACCCUAAAUGGAGCUGUUGAUGAAGUCCUUUUGAAAUUUGAAGAAGGCAGAGUAAGAGCAAGGAAUUCAGUGUAUGACACACUACCAGUCACCAUUCAUGGAAAUGGUCCAACUAAAAUUCACUUGAAUUAUUUGGGAAACUACAUUCCUAAUGCUUGGACACGGGAAACUGGCUGCAGUGUUUGUGAUUUAGACUUACUGGACCUGUCAACAGUAACGGAAUAUCCAAGAGUAAAAAUUGGUGUUUUCAUUGAACAACCAACUCCUUUCCUACCUAAAUUUUUAGACAGACUGUUGACUCUGGACUACCCACGGGAGGCACUCAGUAUCUUCGUUCACAAUAACGAGGUUUACCACGAAAAGCACAUCAAGAAAUUCUGGGAAAAAGCCAAGAAUGUUAUCAAAAGUAUAAAAAUUGUUGGACCUGAAGAAAAUCUGAGUCAAGCAGAAGCCCGAAACAUGGGAAUGGACCUUUGUCGCCAGGAUAAAGCAUGUGAAUAUUACUUAAGCAUCGAUGCAGAUGUUGUGCUGACAAACCCAAAAACUUUGAGAAUACUGAUAGAACAGAACAGGAAGAUAAUUGCUCCGCUCGUGACUCGGCAUGGGAAGCUUUGGUCCAAUUUCUGGGGUGCUUUGAGCCCAGAUGGCUACUAUGCCAGAUCAGAAGAUUAUGUUGAUAUUGUCCAGGGGAACAGAGUAGGAGUAUGGAAUAUCCCUUACAUGGCUAAUAUAUACUUAAUUAAGGGAGAAACUCUCAGGUCAGAGAUGAAAGAAAAGAACUACUUCCUGCGUGAUAAGCUGGAUCCUGACAUGGCACUCUGCAGGAAUGCCAGGGAAAUGACUUUACAAAGGGAAAAAGACUCCCCUUCUUCGGAAACAUUCCAUAUGCUCAGACCCCCAAAGGGUGUUUUCAUGUACAUUACCAACAGACAUGAAUUUGGAAGACUUCUUUCUACAGCCAAUUACAACACCUCCCACUACAACAAUGACCUCUGGCAGAUAUUUGAAAAUCCUGUGGACUGGAAGGAAACUUAUAUAAAUCCAAACUACUCAAAGAUCUUCACUGAUAAUAUAGUAGAACAGCCAUGCCCAGAUGUGUUUUGGUUUCCCAUAUUUUCUGAUGCUGCCUGUGACGAACUGGUAGAAGAAAUGGAACAUUUUGGACAAUGGUCUGGUGGAAAACACCAAGACAGCCGCAUUUCUGGAGGUUAUGAAAAUGUCCCAACUGAUGACAUUCAUAUGAAGCAAAUCGGACUGGAUAAUGAGUGGCUGCAUUUCAUAAGAGAGUUCAUUGCACCAGUAACGCUGAAAGUGUUUGCUGGCUACUAUACCAAGGGGUAUGCUUUACUGAACUUUGUUGUGAAAUACAGCCCUGACAGACAACGAUCCCUCAGACCUCAUCAUGAUUCCUCCACAUUCACAAUCAACAUCGCUCUCAACAAAGUAGGAGAGGACUUUCAAGGAGGUGGAUGUAAAUUUCUUAGGUACAACUGCUCCAUUGAGUCUCCCAGGAAAGGAUGGAGUUUCAUGCACCCAGGAAGACUUACACAUUUACACGAAGGACUUCCUAUCUUGAAUGGCACAAGAUACAUUGCAGUAUCAUUUAUUGAUCCUUAAUUUUUUUUUUUUUGCCCUCUUCAACAGCAGUGUUCUUUACACAAACAUUUAUUUAUAGAUUUCUUCUGGAAGAUGGUGAUAAAGGAAACUUUAAGUUCCUGUUCCUACACAACAAAGGUACUUUGGGCUAAAAGAAUGAAAACCGGAAAAUGUUCUGGUAUUGUCGAAGAAUCCUCGAUGUCUGCUCUGAGCCUUCAGUCACAAAUAAACAUGUCCUGCUUGUUUUUCCAUUCUGCUGUCCUAAAGAGUAGGUAAGGAGGGAAAAUGGAAAAGCAUAGUGAACCCUUUUCUUCGUUGGAAAAAAACCAAACCCAAACAACUCUAGAUAGAAAAUCAUCGGAUAAAAUGACCCUGGUUUUCAUUUAGUGAAGUGGCACAGCUAAAGUUUGUGUGGUCUGUGUAUUUGGUGCCAACCAAUGAAAAAUUGCAACAUAAAAACAAAAUGAAGUGCAUCUUGUUUACAGUUGUUUCAGAUAAGCAAUAAUUGCAUAAGCCAGUAUAUACUGAAGGGAAAAGAUGUCCGUAGCCUGUUUCCUGAAUUCAUUUUCAAUACUGAAAUGUACACUUUAGAAGAAAAAAAUAAAUUAAUUGCAGAGAUGGAACAAGGAUUAAAUCAUUUAUCCAAGGAAAAAAUGCUUUAUCAUUUGUUUUGAGAACUCAUCAUGUUGAAAACUUACUUUUCUUCAGCAAGUGACCUUCAUUUAAAGUGAGUUAUUUUUCUAAGUGUGUAAUUGCACCCAAUUGAUACUGGAAAUUUGAUGUUUAUUUUCAGAACGCUGGUAAAUUGUAAUAAUAGGAUGUUUUCUAGAGACAAUUUUCUACUCUUAAAAUUACUUGAAUUUUGUAUCAGGAAGAUGAAAUGGUGGCAGUCUCUCUUUUAAAGCUAAGGGUCUUAACUUGACAUUUAUUUUAAAGAAAUUGGUUUAAAAUAUUCCUACUGUAUCUACUGUUUGUAAUUUAAAGAAACUUGAAGCUGUCUCAAAGUCUACCGUGCCAAAAUGCACAACAUGUUGGAAAAACUUGUGAAAAAUAAAGGGUAAUUUUAAAUUAA